AUGGAAUUCUCCAACGACGGCAACUCCAUUUUCCACCGCUUCCAGGCCGCCUUCGUUCACAAUGGACAGGGUGAGCUUUUGUAUUGCAGCGGACCUCAAAAGUCCAGAGUGCAAGAGAACUGGGGUUUGAUCACACAACGACUCCCCAGCCAGACCCAGUCUUCAACAAGCACACAGUUUGGAUCCACGGAUCUGGACGGCAGCCUCGAGGGUUUGAGAUUAUAUGAGAUGCGCAAUCUCAAGUUCAACAACACAUCGGGUAUCAUCCUUGACAGCUCAGCUCAACAAUCUACCCUCAGCACACAAUUCGAGGCCUUCUUCGCCCAGUUGCUCCUCAGCCAGGCCGACUUUGCCAUUCGCGACUCAGAGCUUAUGAAGGCCGCCCCCAGCAGCCCUCUCGCAGUCACAGAACAGAUCGUCAACCUGUUCGACAGCUUCUUGAGGUAUCAGGGCAAAGAUGAUCAGUGGGAGGCCUGUGGACGUGCAUAUUUCACAGAUCGCGUCCAGCACUUCACUGCCCAACAGGCUCCCAUCGAGCUCUGCCUUCCCGCCUUCCCUUGCAAGUCUUCCAACACCAACAAGGUCCUCGGCAAGGCACCUGACCGUGGCGAGCAGCUCGCACUUGAGCGUCUCCACAGCUUUGUCGAGCAGGUUGAGGAGAUUUACAAGCCCGGUGCCAAGCUGUGGAUCAUCAGCGACGGCCACGUUUUCAGCGAUUGCAUUGGUGUUGACGAUGCCGACGUUGACGCAUAUGGUGAGCAAUUGAAGGAGAUGAACGACGCCGUUGGCCUUCGCCGCGGCAACACUGAGCGCGUCGGUUUCAAGUCCCUCGUCGACCUCUUUGAGUUGACCGAGACCAACACCGAGAUCGCUGAGCUUGCUACCGAGCUCAACAUCCCUUCUAUUGCCCACCACGUUCAGACUGGCCACACCGUUGAGGCCGAGCUCUCCAGACAGAUCCUUAUGGCCGGCUGCCAGCCCCAAGAGUCCGCAGUCAAGGCCAAGAUCAAGUCGCAGAACCCUGCCAUUCUCGCUCUGUACCGCGGCUUCUCCCGCUUCAUGCUUGAGGACCUCGAGCUCCACCCCUUCACCCAGAAGAUGACCCGCACUCAGCAGAAGAAGCUGUCCACCAAGGUGGCCUUCGAGAUGAUCAUGCGCAACCAAGCAUACUCCAACCUCGUCGAGCUCCUCUUCCCCAACUAUGUUCGCUUGUCCAUCCAUGCACACAACAACGCUGGCCCCAAGUUUGGCAUCCAGCUCUUCGACCCUGCAGUCGUCCGCGUUGUCGAGGGACUUUCCCCCGACGGUGUGCCCAUGGCUUCCCGCGACCUUCUCCACAUCCCCACCCCCUGGCACAACUGCGUGGUUGAGAUCGAGGGCAGCCCAUACCUCCUCGUCACCAAGUCCAACAUACCCCAGACGGCCUUGGAGACGGGCGCCAUGACCGGUGGUGUUUCCAACAUCGGCGGUGCCUCAUACGUCCUGCACCCGAAGAAGCUCGAGGUUGUUGUCGAGGAGGAGGAGGAGGAGGAGGAGGAGGAGGAGAAGACGGAGGCGCGGGUGGCCGUCCUCGCAAAGAGCCCGGCCAUCGUCAGAGCCAUGUCCUUCAAGCCCAUGGCCAACGGCCUGCCAGGCUUCGACUGGGCUCGUCAGCUCCGCCAGCUCACGGCAGCGCUUCCCAUCCUCGGCUGGCUUGGAGCGUUCUACCAGGGCAUCGUGAAGACGUUCGCCUAA